UUAGUCUGCCCGCUUUGCCAUCCACAAAGUCUGCUCUCCGUUGCGGUCCCCAGGCCCACCUCUGGCCCAACGCCCUUUGGGGUCUCCGCGUCUCGCGAGAAGUCGCCGCCGCAGGCCUUGGGCUCCUGGGGGAAGGGGCGGAAUGGGGGACCAGGGACCUAGAGCAGGGCUCCUUGUGCCUUUGCUCGCCCUGCUCUCCUGGGCGGCCGGCUUGGGUGCGGCAGAGGAGACUGUCUCGCGCAUCCCUGCAGAUAAAUUAUUAGUGAUAACCGUAGCAACAAAAGAAAAUGAUGGAUUCCACCGAUUUAUGAAUUCAGCCAAGUAUUUCAAUUACACUGUGAAGGUUCUUGGUCAAGGGCAAGAGUGGAGAGGUGGCGAUGGGAUUGGUAGUAUUGGAGGGGGCCAGAAGGUGAGGUUAAUGAAGGAAGCCAUGGAACACUACGCCAGUCAGGAGGACCUGGUCAUCUUGUUUACUGAAUGUUUUGAUGUUUUAUUUGCUGGUGGGCCUCAGGAAGUUCUAAAGAAGUUCCAAAAGACAAAUCACAAAAUCGUCUUUGCAGCUGACGGGCUGCUGUGGCCAGACAAGCGGCUGGCAGACAAGUACCCUGUGGUUCACAUUGGGAAACGCUACCUGAACUCCGGAGGCUUUAUUGGCUAUGCGCCAUACAUCAACCGUUUAGUCCAGCUGUGGAAUCUGCAGGACAAUGAUGACGAUCAGCUCUUCUACACUAAAGUUUACAUUGAUCCAGUCAAGAGGGAAGCUUUUAACAUCACAUUGGAUCACAAAUGCAAAAUUUUCCAGGCCUUGAAUGGAGCUACAGAUGAAGUUGUUUUAAAAUUCGAAAAUGGUAAAAGCAGAGUGAAGAAUACAUUUUAUGAAACACUGCCAGUGGCAAUUAAUGGGAAGGGGCCCACCAAAAUCCUCCUGAAUUAUUUUGGAAACUAUGUCCCAAAUUCGUGGACACAGGAAAAUGGCUGUGCUCUUUGUGACUUUGACACAAUUGACUUGUCUACUGUAGAUGUCCAUCCAAAGGUAACAAUAGGUGUUUUCAUUGAACAACCAACCCCUUUUCUACCUCGCUUCCUGGAUUUAUUGUUAACACUGGAUUAUCCCAAAGAAGCGCUUCAACUCUUCAUUCAUAAUAAAGAAGUUUAUCACGAAAAGGACAUCAAAGCAUUUGUGGACAAAGCUAAGCAUGAGAUCAGUACUAUAAAAAUAGUAGGACCAGAAGAAAAACUAAGUCAAGCGGAAGCCAGAAACAUGGGAAUGGAUUUCUGCCGUCAGGAUGACAAGUGUGAUUACUACUUUAGCGUGGAUGCAGAUGUUGUUUUGACAAACCCGAGAACUUUAAAAAUUUUGAUUGAACAAAACAGGAAGAUCAUUGCUCCUCUUGUGACACGUCAUGGAAAGUUGUGGUCCAAUUUCUGGGGAGCACUGAGUCCUGACGGAUACUACGCUCGCUCUGAAGAUUACGUGGACAUCGUUCAGGGGACUAGAGUAGGAAUUUGGAAUGUCCCCUACAUGGCUAAUGUGUAUUUAAUUCAAGGAAAGACACUCCGUUCAGAGAUGAAUGAAAGGAACUACUUUGUCCGUGAUAAAUUGGACCCUGAUAUGGCUCUUUGCCGCAACGCUAGAGAAACGACCUUUCAAAGGGAAAAAGACUCCCCUACUCCGGAAACAUUCCAAAUGCUCAGCCCCCCAAAGGGUGUGUUUAUGUACAUUUCUAACAGACAUGAAUUUGGACGGCUGUUAUCAACUGCUAAUUACAACACCUCUCAUCUAAACAAUGACCUCUGGCAGAUCUUUGAAAACCCUAUGGACUGGAAGGAAAAAUAUAUAAACCGUGAUUAUUCAAAGAUUUUCACUGAAAAUAUAGCCGAGCAGCCUUGUCCAGAUGUCUUCUGGUUUCCCAUAUUUUCUGAAAGAGCCUGCGAUGAAUUGGUCCAGGAGAUGGAACAUUAUGGCAAGUGGUCUGGGGGAAAGCAUCACGACAGUCGAAUAUCUGGUGGUUAUGAAAAUGUUCCCACUGAUGACAUUCAUAUGAAACAAAUCGAUCUGGAGCAUGUUUGGCUUCACUUUAUCCGCGAGUUCAUUGCUCCAGUGACGCUGAAGGUCUUCGCAGGGUAUUACACAAAGGGAUUUGCAAUGCUGAAUUUUGUAGUGAAGUACUCACCUGAAAGACAGCGCUCACUCCGUCCACACCAUGAUGCCUCAACCUUUACCAUCAACAUUGCUCUAAAUAAUGUAGGAGUAGAUUUUCAGGGAGGUGGCUGCAAAUUUAUACGGUAUAAUUGCUCCAUUGAGUCCCCACGGAAAGGCUGGAGCUUCAUGCAUCCUGGGAGACUUACGCAUUUGCAUGAAGGACUUCCUGUUAAAAAUGGCACGAGAUACAUCGCAGUGUCAUUUAUAGAUCCCUAAGUUAUUUACUUGCCUUGAACGGAAUCAUUCUCUGA